AUGUCUUACCCCGACGAUACUGACUCUGAAAGCGAAUGGAAAGACUGCUGCUCAGUGAUUGAAGAGGAUACAGACGACCUACCAGGAUGGGACGAGCUACCAGAAUGGCUGCGGGUGAAACCGGGACGUCAAAUCUCUCCAGGAGCGAAACCCAGGUCUGAGGAUUUAGAACUCGUUCCUCCCCCGGAAGAGAAUUUUCCAAUGAUAGCGCCUACCAGCCCCAAACUAGAGCGGAGGAUAUCGUUCCUGCUCCACAAGGCUGGAAUCCGCUGUGCGCUCUGCGGAGAGACGGCGAUGAGCAUUUUCGGUGUGCCGAUCGCGGCGCAUCAUUCCGCCUGGGCUAUCCUACAAGCCGACCUUGCCCAGGCUGCAAAGGUGCUUCGAGAGACCGACUUCCCUGAGUGUCCGGCGGACAGACAACAAGGAGAAGAGAGAAGGAAAUGCGCCGUGCUGAGAGUGCCGAGAGCGCCGAAGGAGGAUGAGCUCUCCUUGAGCGAAUACCCCGCACCGGCGUACCACUUUCAUACGGACCAUCUCUACCCCCGUCAUCGGGAGGAUCCUAACCAGAGCCGCGAGGUUCUUCUGUACUCGAAGGAACUGCUCAUUGCCGACCAUUACCUAGAUCCCCCUACCGGGCCCGCUUCGUACCACCACGAUCCGGGACGUUGGUAUGUCGAGGAGGGGCGACGUAAUAGGGACCGGGACGCCAGAAUGUACGUGACCACGGACGACUCCGACCUCCCCGAAAUGAUGCUCGGCAGCUUGAACUAUCGGGGUCGACAGUCACCUAACCAAUACCCCGUCUAUAUGCUUGCACCUCACCACCAAGUUGAAAACCUAGCACGGCUGAUUAUCCGCGAUCGGUUCUCGGCAGUACGCAAUUGGUGGCUUCAGCAUCUCCUCUUGUGUUUGACUCCCCUAACUGGUGAUGGUGACGAGGAGGAAGAGGAGGGGCUACGUUCGGGGCCUCAUCUGCGUUUGUCUCAGAUUGAGUCGACCCCGAUCCGAAACUGGCUAGAGCAGAUAGCGUCUGAGGACGAUUUGUAUAACGAGUAUGACGCAAAAGGCCGCUGGAAUAUGAUUGGGUUUAGGAGGGUCUGUCUGGCGAUCGAGGGCAGGACCAAGUACCUCAUGCGCUUGGCAGAAGAGAAUAUGUCUGAUUUGUCUGAUAGUGACAUUUGGGCAGGGCUCUGGCUUUGGCUUGUCGCGAGUAUGGUUGGGAAAGGAGUUAGAGAGAGUCUCGAUGAUUUGUGA